GCCCCAGAUGAGAACUACCUUUUAUUUAUUUCAAUAAAAUAUAUCUAGAACAAUAUCAAAAUUGUUAAUUCAUUCCCAUAAACAAUUUUUACCCUUGACACAAAAUUUAUUCAAUUACAUUUUAUACACAUUAAUAUAUAUGACUCAUGAAUAUAAUAUGAAGUCCUUAAAGGGGAAAUUCGUAAAAAUUACGUUUUUAGGGCAAAUUUAUUUAUUUCAAUUGCUAAAAUAUAUUACUGAACUUAACUUAAUGAAACAUAAUCUAUGGAUCUUAUGUAUAAAAUAGCAAACAAGUAAAAAAUAUUUACAUGUUAAGGUCCGCAGGUUAACCUAAAUAUCUGUAUUAAUUACGGCAAUAGAUUUACAGUCAAACAUUUCUAUAACGCUUACUAUUGGGAGUGUCAAUGUGUGGUAUUCAAAUCACUUUGCAUGGUGGUCCAUCCGUCCGUCAGUUAGUCAGUCAGUCCGUCCGUUUGCACUUUCUCAUUAUCGUAUCUCCUCAUAAACUACUCGGAUAUUUUGACCAAAUUUUGUUUCUAAUAUAAUUUUAUAUCCGGUGGCCAUAAGGGUCAUAAAGUAUGCGGACACUAAGGAGAUAAUUAUUCAAGUUGUUCAUUAUUUUUCUAUUACACCUUAGCAGUGUAUCUACUACCCUAGCACAUUGAUGAUUAAUUUGUUUAGUACUUAAAUUUCUGGGUUUUAUUAUAAGUUAUAAUAUAAGUAAUUAUAUGUGCAUUGUUUGUAUCAUAAUAAGGAAAAAUAAUAAUUGCAUAUAACUCAUUAAUGGUGACAUCUGUAUUGUUUAGGAUAAGGGUUUCAUUAUUAGUUAUAAUUAUUACUUUCAGGUUUUUGAGCUAGUCUUGAAAUUUCGAACAUUCUAGAAUGACGGGUGGGCAGUUGUGGGCGCCAAGAUCACUGUUGUCUUUAGAAGUGGUAUUUAUUCACAGUACUUGUGUAAAUGUUGAGUUCUGCCCAACCCGGGGCUAGAGGGCGUGGACGGUUUCAUGCAUUUCCACUUCCGUCCAUGAACAGGCUCAAUCAAACCGAGCCUGCAACAUUUUCGUUUUUGUCGUGUUGAGCGACCUGUGAAGUUUCCAUUUUUCUCUAUUUUACUCUUGCAUAAAUAUAGUCUAUUUUGGGGGACUCAGCCAUUAAUGUUAUUUAAAAGCUUCCCAUUUACAGGUUUUUUUUCUCUCCUUUAAAUCUAGAGCUUGGGACUCUCGAGGACGACCGUACUUGUCCGAGUACAAGUUUAUGUUUGUUUAUAUCAAUUGCUAAUUUUACAACUCAGUGUAUUAUUUCAUCUCCAUUUGAUUUUGAUUGAGUGUUUUUUAAAUGAUGAAACAUUUCCUCUUGAAACAUUUAAUUCUAUUUACACCGCUAUCAUAAUAGUAAUCAUGAGCAUACAGCGUCUAGUCCAUUAUCAGUUUUUGAUUACUCAUAAUAUUAUAUAGUUUGUUUUACUGUAAUCCUGUUUCAUAAUAUUCGCUUUCCUUGUUGUAUUUACUGAGCCAAAACCUCUGAUUUUUUGCUUGGUUCAGUGGAAGCCAGAGGGGUCAAAGAGGACUGACUCUAGAAGUCAGAAAAUGCUGGAAGCGCGAUAAUUUAAACUACUGUUAUUGCUUUAUCUUUAUUAUAUUGCAAACAAAUUUAAUAAUGAAUAUUCUUUGAUGGUAUGAUACUAGUAAAUUUUGAUAUCUUUUUAAGGCUUUCUUAGUGGUCAUUCCGACUACUACACGCAUGUGACAGGAAACUACAAAGACAAGCUGAUGAUCGGAUACGACCUUAUGGAAAAUGACCGACCAGCAAACAUAUCGAAAUACAAUGGUACCUACUCAACACAUUUAUUUGGCUCAAAAGUGACAGAUAUCAUCCAUGGACAUGAUCUUGAAAAGCCGAUGUUCAUCUACAUAUCAUUCCAAGCGGUCCAUGCUCCUUUGCAAGUUCCAGAAAAAUACGUAAAACAGUACAGUCAUAUAAAGGACACAAACAGGAGGCAUUAUGCAGGAAUGGUGUCAUGUAUGGAUGAGUCCAUCGGUGAAAUAGUGGAUAUUAUGAAGGAUCGUGGAUUGUGGGACAACACAUUGCUUAUCUUUACAACAGACAAUGGUGGAAACCCAAACGUUGGAGGAAGUAACAUGCCGCUUAAAGGAACAAAAAGUACAUUAUGGGAAGGUGGGAUACGUGCUGUUGGAUUUGUUCACAGCUCACUCAUAGGCAACAAAAGGAAUGGCUAUAUUUCAAAUGAGCUCAUGCAUGUUACUGACUGGUUUCCUACGCUCCUCAGUCUGGCUGGUGGUGAUUUGAAAGACAUAAAACAGUUAGACGGAUACGACCAAUGGAAAACCAUCAAGUAUGGUAUUCGAAGUCCACGACAGGAAAUACUUCAUAACAUUGAUCCGUUGUAUAAUAAUACAUUUCACACAAGAAGAUUCUCUUUAAGGAUAGGGGCAUGGAAAAUUAUAAUUGGACAACAAGACACCAGAAGUGUUUGUCAGAGUCCACGAAAGAAGCUGUCUAGUGAUCUCCAAAACGUCUGUCUGUUCAAUAUAGAGAGCGAUCCAUUUGAACAAAUCGAUUUGUUUGAGCAUUUCCCUGAAAUAGUACAACAUAUGCUUCGAAGGCUUGAGGAUUAUGAGAGAGGUUCAGUGUCAUAUCUACUUCCUGGAGUUGAUUUGCGGGCAGACCCUCAACAUCAUGAUGGAUUUUGGCAACCAUGGCAAUAGAGUGAAACGAUUCCGAUCCCAUCCAGUACAUCAGUGAUAAAACAGAAUAGUCGAAAUCUUGCUCAAAUACUCGUUUACGGAUUUCUUGGAUUUAAGCUUUUGAUAUACAAUUUUGAUAUUCUUUUCUUAAGUUUUAACAAUUGUGAAACAAUAUAUAAUUUCAUAAAAGGAUGGCAAUCGCAGAAAAGCAUCAAAAUGAAAUUAAUACUUUUUCAUUUAAGUUAUAUAUAUAUAUAUAUAUAUAUAUAUAUAUAUAUAUUCUAAUGUCACUAUUUAAUUGUUUGAAUCUUUGAAAAAGAUGUUGACUGAAAUCCAUUUAAACAAUAAUAAUAAUUUAAUCACAUGUUUUAUGGUGCUUUACGUAAUGAUGAAAAAAGAUUCGUAGAUGCUUGUCAUCUAAUAAGCUUUAUUCAAAUUAAUGCUAAUUCAUCUGUUGAAGUUUUAUAGCUAAAUAAAUAGUAUUUUUAUUAAAAAUAUUUAUUUUGCAAAUCAAGCUUGGUGUGUAUCCAAGGUUGCCAAUCGAAGUUUGGUAUUUGAAUGCACUUGGCAUUUUCCAUGCUAGUAAUCAUUAGCGUGUGACCACUGGUCAUUCGCUAGACGGCACAUGUACAACCAACACAAAAUGUAAUGGUUCAAAAUAUAUUUGUCAACAUCGUAAUUUUGCAAGUAUAAUGUUCAGCUGGGUAUUGCAUUUGUAUAAAAUGCUUUCAAUUAUCGGGAAUCUGGAUACUGGAGGCGGAAACCAGGAUUUCAAAGGUAAUUUCAACCUCGUAAAUAUUGUUUGUUCGUAUUCGUAAAAUCACAAUUGAGGUUAUGAAAAUGGCAUUGCACUAAGAAUUAGCAUCGUUAAGAUUAUCGAAGUUAUAUGAAACAUACAUCUGAUAUAAGAGUUAAGCUUGACUGUUCGGUAAACUUUAGAAAUUGACGAUGAACGUAACUAAAAUAAUGUUUCGUAUUUUUCACGGGACUUAUUUUCUCAGUGGUCGUAAUCAAAUUUAUUUAUCCCCCCACCAAAGGUGAAGGGGAUAUUAGAAAUGCUAUCCGUCCGUGCGUCCGUGCGUCCGCAACGAUCUUUGUCCGGACCAUAACUCCAAAAGUACUUGAGGGAUUUUCUUCAAACUUCAUACACUGAUAGAACACAUUGGGAGGAAGUGCAGUGUGCAAGAACAAUAACUCUACCUUGCCUAUUUUUUGAGUUAUUCCCCUUUAUCUUAUUUCCUUAAAAAAAUUUGUCCGGAGCAUAACUCCAAAAGUACUGGAGGGAUUUUCUUCAAACUUCAUACACUGAUAGAACACAUUGGGAGGAAGUGCAGUGUGCAAGAAAAAUAACUCUACCUUGCCUAUUUUUUGAGUUAUUCCCCUUUAUCAUAUUUUCUUAAAACAUUUUGUCCGGAGCAUAACCCCAAAAGUACUGGAGGGAUUUUCUUCAAACUUCAUACACUGAUAGAACACAUUGGGAGGAAGUGCAGUGUGCAAGAAAAAUAACUCUACCUUGCCUAUUUUUUGAGUUAUUCCCCUUUAUCAUAUUUUCUUAAAAAAAUUUGUCCGGAGCAUAUCUUCUUCAUGCAUGGAGGGAUUUUGAUAUAUCUUGGCACAAAUGUUUACCACCACGAGGCGGAGUGUCAUACGCAAGAACCAGGUCCCUAGGUCUAAGGUCAAGGUCACACUUAGAGGUCAAAGGAUACAAGAAUGAAAACCUUGUCCGGAGCAUUUCUUCUUCAUGCAUUGAGGGAUUUUGAUAUAACUUGGCACAAAUGUUCACCACCACGAGACGCAGUGUCAUGCGCAAGAUCCAGGUCACUAGGUCUAAGGUCAAGGUCACACUUAGAGGCCAAAGGUCAGAUACAAGAAUGACUUUGUCCGAAGCAUUUCUUCUUCAUGCAUAGAGGGAUUUUGAUGUAACUUGGCACAAUUAUACACCAUCAUGAGACGAAGUGUCACGCGCAGUUCCCUUCUUUAGAAUUACUUCCCUUUGUUGUUACUUUAAAUAGCUUUUAUUGUAACUUUUUCAUUACUAGUCGUAGGGAAAAAUCGAGACCACUUUUCUGUUGUACAACAAACAUGCUAAAUCCAAUUUUGAGGUGUAUUUUGACCAGUCUCUUCCUGAUAAAGAUUUUUGUGUGGACUUGCAAUUUUCUUUUUUUUUUUUUAAGAUUAACUUCCCUUAGUUGUUACUAUAAAUAACUUAUAUUGUAACAUUUGUAUAAUUGACCCUAGGGAAAAAACAAGACCACUUUUCUGUGGUACAGCAUAGAUGUUACUCUCCAGUUUUAGGUGUAUUUUAUUAGUUUUAUUAUAUAUAAGGUAUCUCUGCCUAGUAAGGAGUUUUUUUUGUGGACUUUAAAAAACAAAAGACUUAAAUGAUUACUAAACAACCACAAAAUUAACAUUCCAUUUGCAAAUACAGCUGCUAGAGUAAAGAAAUUUGCUUUGACGGGCAUAUAUUGUGACAUUCUGGCACUCUUGUUCCCUGUUAGCUUUCCAUUCCUUCUUUUUACAGUAGCCAUAUAGAAAAACAUCAUAGCUAUACUCUUCAUGAAAAUUAAUAAAAUUUAGCAGUAAACCACCUCACUACUGACUUAUUCUUUCUUCCACAUCUUAAAACCCCUGAUGCGGACCACAUCCUUCAAUUAUGAUAUGCCCGGUGGGGGGAUUAGCCAUGUCUGACAUGGCUCUUGUUACAUUGGUGACUCACGUCAUUCAGUAGAACCAUUCUAUAUACAACAAUUUAAACAAAAUAUAUACUGUUAAAUGUAAAUGUUCGUGCCCGAGAAAAUGUGCUAAGUUGUCGUUCGAGUCGAGUUGUCCGAAUAUGUCUGUCCGAAAGGUAGCUAGUCAGAUAAACAAGCAGAGUCUCAUUGGUAAAUUCCUGUUGGAAAAAAUGUAGAUUAUUGUUCUUAGGUGGGGUGGGAUAAUAAUGGGUUAUAUCAUUAGAUAAGUAUGUUAGGUGCAAUUAUCUAUCUUAAGUAUAUCUUGUAUCGAUUAAAAGUUAUUUUUGCUCAACAAUUGUUGUUGUUUAUAUUACAGUAACCACAGGAGAGAUAACUCGCACACGCUUGUUACCAGCUUAAACAGUUGAACAUGAUUUAAUACACUAACAUAACAGUGUAAUUGCCAGGG